CACGACAUGACCUCAUAACAUAAGGUCGUCUCAGUACUCAAAUAAUAUCAACCCAGAUGAAGCUUUAUAUUCAAGUAUCUUAUACUCCGUACACUGAAGCAAUAUCUAGAUCUGUUCUGACUUGACAGGCAUUGCAUAACUAUUAUACCCCCUGCUCCUCGUCAUCUUGGCCUUGUUUCUGCUUUAUGAAAUAGCGGGCCUGUUCUCCAUCUGUUUUUCCACCAGAAACCAGAUGCUCAAACCUGAGACAUCCCAGUAACAAAGGCUGAUCUUUGCUGUUCUUACCAUCAGGCGGGGAACUUUAUCUGUUGUGCUAUAAUCUUUUGACAGCAAUUGACUUUCUAGAUCUUAUUUGACCUGUCAUCUACAGUAUCUAAACAGCCCUGCAAACAAUGGAACUACCGGAAUGGAAAGCUGCGUUGACUAUGUCUCAGCGCUAUGAGACGAUUCAAAAAAUACAAGCCUCCCUUGCUACAACCAGCAUGAGUGAGGCCAUCGCCAUAGAACAGGCCGCCUACCAAAUCGCUUCUACUCAGGACGAGUACAAUCUCGCCUGUCAGCCAACCUCGACACCAACACCUCCGCCCCCUCAGGAGGAAGAGGAGGGUGACUCUGGGAUACGCAUUGGGCCGUAUGGGAAUUGCCGGCCUGUGUCCGAUGGUGUGACUUCAGAGGUCUUUCGUUCUGGCGAUAAGGCGCUUAAAGUCAUUGUGACUUAUCAGGAUAUUGAGCCGCAUAAUCCGCAGAGGGAGGCCAAGAUUCUAAAGGGGUUGAGAGAACCGUGUAUUCCUCUCCUCGAAACGUUUCGAGAUCAGGAGCAGAGAUUUGUUCUGGUCUUUCCGUUCAUGCCGUAUACUUUGGCAGACCUUCUCGCCAAUGGUCCUUUACCGCUUAAUGCUGUCCGGUCUAUCUUCCGAGAUGUUUUGCACGCUUUGAAGGAUAUACACGCACAAGGCAUCAUCCAUCGUGACAUCAAACCGUCCGCAAUCCUCCUCUCAUCUCCAACUGGUCCAGCAUAUCUCUCCGACUUUGGCACAGCAUGGCAUCCCGAGCUAUCAACCCAGUCAGAACCAGCAGACGAUAAAAUCCUCGAUAUUGGAACAGGCCCUUACCGCGCAAUAGAAGUCCUCUUCGGACAUAAAUCCUACGGAACAGAGGUUGAUAUGUGGGGAAUAGGCGUCAUGCUUUCAGAAGCACUCCGCGAUCCUCCAACCCCUAUAUUCGAGUCUCGAGCGGUCCAUGAAGAUGGCAAUCAGCUCGGUCUUAUUCUCAGCGUCUUCAAGACUAUUGGUACGCCCACGCCUGAGACAUGGCCCGAGGCAAAACAAUUCAAGGUCGCACCUUUCGAGCUCUGGACUGUCUUCCCCGCUCGUCCUUGGGAAGACCUUCUUCCCAAUGCAGGCCCCGACUUCAUCGGCCUCGUGUCAUCGCUCCUUCGCUACGAUAGUCAGCGACUUACUGCUGAGCAGGCUCUUGCUCACAAAGCCUUGGCCGUGAACCCCUGAGCUCAGUUGGCAGAGCAUCAUAUCGCUGAAGCACUGGCAUUGCAUACCAAUAAUGAACAACUCACCGUCAAAUUCAUUGCCAAUGUUAUACUCUUUCCCUCGUUUGAUCUAUAUAACCCGACCGAAACUCCUGUCUCGUCGAUCAAUCUAAUCAGUUCGCCACACGCAACAAGAAUCCAACGCAUCCCAAAACGCUUACACAAAUAGACCAACACUUAUAACACACUAUAAAUAAAUACACGCUCCAAUUACGCUUCAAAAAUACUCCAAACAGACACAAUGGGCGCCUCCGAAGAUAACAACAAGUUCAUCCCCUCCGAGGUCGACAAGUUCAAGAACCCUCCUAGGCGCGACAAUACUGGGAAUGACAACGCUGGAAGCUCUGAAAAGAACGGAAACUCUGACAAGAAGGACGACAAGCAGAGCGGAUUUGUGGAGAAUAAGGAGGACGGUGGUGCGAGGCUUGUUGAAGAGAGCGAGGACAACGAGGAGGGUGGUGCCAAGCUGUAGACGCGCCAUUGACCCAAUCUCUCUACCGGAACAUGGUAUUGGAUGCUAAUGCAAAACUUUUUUAUUCUAUCUUCUAUACUAUACUACCCAGUGGUGCUCCUUCUAACCCUGCCGUCUCUUCGUAUCCGAACCCAGAUAGUCAAUUGGGUUUCGACACAGUGGGCAAGUAUUCUGGUUACUGCUCUGGAACCACUUGUACAAACACGUCCUAUGGAAUAAGUUCUUGCAAGUGGUGCAUCGCUUAUCAGGCAUUCGCUUGUCAGUCGAGAUAAUGCUGUAGCAAAUAGCACACUCGCUCUGGCCCUUGAGCGCACCGAGGAUGUUUCGCUUGAAGACUUGUAGACCAUCGAUGAUGUUGCCGUUGGAGAAGGUGAUGACACCCUGUGUCGUCAUGAUCCAACUCUGCCACUUCUUCUCAUUGACAGCGACACGGUUGAGGCUCUGGACAGAGACGUUUUCGAUGGGGUAAUUUUGAGGGAUCUUGAUGGCAAUUGCCGCUUGAUCCUCAUCAACUUCAUAGCCAGCUAUGAUUUCUCGAGAGGAUCUAGCAACACGUACAACAAGUUCUUUCUCGUCCAUAGCAGGAGGCUCCUGGCUAUCAGCCCACUUUUGGACUUCAUCUAGGACAUCUGUGACGAUGAUGGGUGAGAAGUACUUGGUUGUCCACGACUCAACAGCGAUGCGCGUCUGCUUCGAGCGACAGUCGAUGUACCAAGCACGGAACAAGCCAGGGGUGUACUUGUGAAGAAGAUAGAAGAGAUGAACCAAUAGCCACUGCAUGUUCUUCUCCUCGGGCUCCGACUCUGCCAACUUCACAUCGUAGUCUUGGAUGUGCUCUGAAGUGAGGUUAACCUUUUCUAGCUUCAAUGGAUGAGCAGCUGAGUGACCUAGCACGUCAAACAUGAAGUCUAGCAGUGGCCCUACACAGUUAUCCUGCUUAAGGUUGUCGGUAAAGUCGUUUCGGAUCUUGAAUGAUGAUGUCGAGUAGGCAUCAAAGACGAGCUUCCAGGAUAGGAGAUAUGAGCGGAUAGGAGAGGGAAAUUCGGCGAGCAUUUCGUCUGAGUACUUCUCAAGCGUGGGGGCGUCAAGAAGAAGUGAGAGGAGUUCGUCAGGGAGUCGGGCAUCUGUGACUAUCAGUUCUUGGUCUUCAUGGGGUAGAUCGUUACACAUACCUGUCUUUUCCAGCAAAGCAUCAAUGGACUUCUGCUGUUGCUGUUCAGGAAGAGCCUGGUGAAGCAGGUUAAACGCAGCUGUCUGGAUGUCCCGCGAUUCCGACGCCACCAAGCCAAAGAUAUCAGACAGAUCAGGCACAUGUCGCAGAGAAAUCUUCUGGACCUCUCGGCAAAGCAUGGCAUCCACAAUCUCAAGUGGCUGGGAGCGAGUAUCCCGAUGAAGCCGCAACAGCUCAAUCAACGCCCUAGGCUUGGCACUGGCGUACUCCUUGAGGGCAUCUUCAAGAUCAUCGUUAGGCUCUUGCAAAGACUCAAUGGUCUUGAAUAACCUGAGUGAAGAGUGAAUGGAGGGAAGAGCCUCGUUCAACUCGAACUCGUGGGCACGGUUCCACAGCGAUAUGCAAAACUCGAUGGUCUUUUCCCAGUAAGAUCCGUAAACGUCCUUCAUACAAGGUAGCAGUUUGUUCAAUGCUCGACAAAUCUCGGCACAAAGGGCUGGGCUCAGGCUCUCAGGUUCGUCCAGCCAAGAGGUGAUUUGACGGACGGCAAAAACGAUUCGGUUGUUAGCCACGGGCAUUUCACCCGCCUCGUAAAUCUGAGCACAUUGCGACAGAAGAACAAGAGUCAUCAACGUCUUGUCACUAUCUGCCUUGGCUCCUGCGAUCUCACUCACAACCUUAUUGCAGAAGUUGCUAGCAAUCUUGGAGGGCUGCAGAGUCUCACCAAACCCAGCAAUGAUAGCCGAGGCCGGCAGGACGGUGGUAGGGCCAAUCUUGAGAGCAUCAGGCUUCAGAAGAGCGUCUUCGAAACUGGAUGAUGCUCCAUGUGCCUCAGCCAGGAAUUGGACAAGCUCACUGAGCGCACGUGCACUGUAUAGCCCUCUGGGCGUCAGCUCUUGCGAGUGUUGGGUCAACAGAUCAAUGAGGUCUUGGAUGAUCGGCUUCUCUUCCGAGUCACUCCAGGCACUAGCAUCAGCAGCCAACUGAUUUAAGAUCCCACGUGUCUUGGAAACGAACUCCUCGGCCUGUGCGCUCGCUUCAGCAUGCUUCAGGGUUUGCCACAAUCGGUUCUCCUCCAUGCAGGUGAUUUGAUCGGAGAUGAGCUGCACAGUCAGACAUUGAAGAUACAACAGCUCAAGCUGGAAAGGCUUGGGAAGUUGAGACAGUGGAAGCUUCUCCGAAAGCUGAGACACGUAGAGGGCCAUUCUUGUAGGAAUGGCACGUCCCUUUCUGUCCCGAUAAAUUCUUAGAUUGGUAGAUCGAGGAGCUCCCUUUACCAAUGCAGCAGCACCACCGACACUGUUGGUAAUUGACAGAGCCGGAUUGACGGACAAUUCCAAGAAGGGCGCAAGCUCCUUCAUCCACACGUUGGUGCUAGGGAAGAGCUCUUCAGAUGGAAUGUCACUCGAAGCCGCGUUGUAUGCUUGCGACACCAAGGUGUUGAUAUCCAGAGACUGCGUUCCCGCUCGCUCGAGGUUGGCUUGAACGACAGCUAUAACAGGUAGCUUUCCAUCAGUGUGAGUAUCUAGAAGAGUGCGGAUGGCAGUUGCCUUUGAAGAAAUAGUGGAGUCCUCAAGCUCAGAUAGACCGAGAAGCAGAGCUACCAAUGUUGUGUGAACGCGUUCAUCGCGGGAGAACAGCUCUGGUCGGCCCUUGGCAGCAAUCUCCAAGGCUUGGAGGGUUGAUUCCGUCUUCCCAGGUUCCUUAUCAAGGAUUUCGACAAGAGCUUGAACAAGCUCUCGGUAAUUGCUGUCGGUAAGAGUCUGAUAUGUGACAGCAGCUUCCAACAAUUCCCAAUCAUUGCUACCACCGACCGCUAAAAGAACAGCCUGGCCAAUAAUGUGCUUUUGCAAGUCCAUAUUGCCUUUUGCGAGAACAGCUCCUCUGUCGUUGGAGAUCAAGGAGGCAAGGGCAACAUCACGAGUAGCCUCUGAUGGUAGAUCGAGGACAGCCUCAACCCAAGAGUUCCAGAUAGGUGCGAAUUGAGUCGACACAGAGCCGAAAAGGUGAAGCGAAGAGAGAAGGUACCUGGAAGAGGGUGAAGUAACAGCUUUCGCAGCAUCAUCACGAGCCAAAGUAGUGAAAAACGUCGAGAGCUUUACAGCUCCAUCGCCAUCGAAUAAGCGAGGUGCCAUACUCAAUGCAUAUUCGAUGAUUCGAGCUGCGCCAAAUGGCUUCAAGUUCCGGCUCUCCAGCAGUGCGAUACUCUGAGAAAUGGCCUUGAGAGAGGGCUGAGCUGUAUGGUCUUGCACGUCUUCUUCGAGGUCAGCUAUCUUCUCCUCAAUCUGGCCCACCAGGCCGAACCACCGUCGACCUUCCUCUGAGAUCUUUUCUUGAGAUUGUUGAUACUCUCGCGAAACCUCUGGCAGCGAUCCGGAGAUCUUUGCGCAGAAGACACUGGCGAGACGGUCCCAUUCCUCCUUGGAUGCAGACACCACUGACGGUGACGCUUGGACAGUGGCGAUGUAAGCUUCGACCAGGACGGAAAUCGCGUUUGGACCAAGUGGUAUAGGUACCGUCUUUUCUGAUACCGAGAACAAGAACUGCUCGAUAAGAGGGAAGAGAUGUUCUUGCACAAAUGGUAGUUGAUCGUCGGCGGGUAGGUUUUUCAGCAGUCGUUUGGCUGUGUCGAUGAAGCACUUCCAUGCAUAGGAAGUGUUCGUUCGAGGUUCAUCGCGAUGUGUGAUACCAGACUUGAGAGAAGUCAAAAAUUGGGAAGCGACCUCGGGUGUGAUCAAAUCCGAUGGCAGAACCAUCAGUAGUUGAUCUAAGUACUCCCAGAACUUGGGUGGGCUCCCUUGAGAUCCCUUGGCGACGAAUGCCUGCAGCCUGCCCAGGGGAGACUUUGGACCGCUCGAUGUCUUCGCCGAUGUCCAAACAUCGGGAUAUGUUUGUGUCAUUUUUGUCAACGCUCGCACAUAUUCGAGCGCCGAGCCAGCUUGGUUGGUCUUUAGACCUCCUGUAAUGAAGGCUUGCUUGACCUUCGUAUCAUCGGCAUACGGCAACUUCCGGUCGAUGGAAGCGAACAGCAGCUGACAUACUGUCUUCCUGACCGACGAGUCAUUGAAAGUAAUGGUCUUCCAAACGUUUUCCUCCGCAAAAUAGUCAUCGUAUCGAGAUUGCAACUUCUCCAGGUUACUUGGCUCGACCUUUUGUAGUAAACUCAAGACAAGUGACAAGCUAGCAGUAACAACUCGGUAAUACUUUGCCUCGGCAUCCUCCGCCGUCGUUGAUCGUUCAUCGCUCAGCGUAUCUUGUGUUUCUUGAAUAGCAUCAAUGGCAUAGUCAAGGAUCUGGCCCUGGCACUUGGUCCAAAACGCAAGGACCUUUUCAGGGGUGUUAAGAAACGAGGUUAGACCGUCGCUAGCAGCCCUGGCAACAACGCGGUCGCGGUCAUACAGGCCGGCAAGCCAUGCGCCGACGAUCUUUGGCAGAUGACGUUCAAAACGCUUGCGGGCUGAUUUCAUGAGCUCAAACUGAAGGUUAUGCGUCAGUUCACGCACGCGACGUGAGUUGUCUAUAGAUGUGCGAGGAUAUA